AUGGCCGUCACGGGGCGGAGAUUGCCGGCGAUUCUGACCGAAGGAGGACCGCCGUCCGAUGCCGCCGGAGUCCACCAAUGUGACGGGGAAGCCAAUCGGCGAGAAGCCAACCACCUAGAAACUCCCUCCUUAGCGCCGCCCAUUGCCGCCUAUCACCACCAUAGCGCCGCCCGUCUGAAACUCCGACCAUCUCCGCACUUUCGGAAUUUAGAUCGAACCUCCCCAGCUCCGCCAUCUGCCCACCCGUCGCCGUUCAAAAUUUCAACCACCUUCUCCCAGCCGCACCUCCGCCCAUCUCCGUCCAUUCGAAGAAUCAGCCGCACCUUCGCCGUUCAAAGGUUCAGCCGCACCUCCGCCCAUCUCUGUCCGUUCCAAAGUACGGCCGCCACCUCUGCCCGUUCAGAGUGCCACAAUCGACGGCGUUCAACAGCCAUUGAGAUGAAUAAUUCCUAA